UCAUUAUCACAAAACCCCCUCCAUUUUCUUACGUAAUAUAACUAUCCAUCCAUACACACACAAAAAAACAUCUCUAUUGUUCCAGAACAUUUAAAAAAUAAAAAUCCUCGUGCUAAUAGUUACUAGUUUAUAUAAUUAACCCAUCCCUUGAGGAGAAAAAAAAUGACAUCUUCACUAUCUUCAAAAAACCGCCGUGCAAGCACCGUGCAUGGUGGUAAAGCGCCACCUAGACUCGCGGUCGCGCAUACAAAUCCGUGUGUUAUUGAUGUUCGGGCUAGAAAUAUGACGACCGCAAUAUGUGCUGGUGAGAAACAGUACAAGUUAGCGAAGUUGUUGAUGAGUGUGAAUAUUCAGAAUAGUUUGGGACCGGUGCAUUUGGUGAUGUCGUCGGAGAACAACGUUGGAGAAUUGAUAAAGGCGGCGAUUGACAUUUACGUGAAGGAGAAGAGGCGGCCAUUGUUGACUAGUAGUGAUCCACUGUGUUACCAGCUUCAUUAUUCUCAAUUUAGUCUCCAGAGUUUAAAGACGGAGGAGAAACUGGUGAAUUUGGGAUGUCGAAGUUUCUUUCUUUGUCCUAAACCAAGCACUUCGUAUUCAUGUGCAGACAAAGCGAAGGCAACACCAAGAUCUCAACCUACCUUAACAAAGAUCAUGGAUAUCGUUCUAUGACUUUCAUUUUCUAAGUACUAUUAGCUUUUUUUUUUUAAAUCAGUCUUUUUUUUAUUUGAAUGUGUCACUUUUCCCAUUAUUGAUGUGCUAGAAUAAUGAUCAUGGGGCUGUUCGGCCGUGAUAUAUUGGUUCAAAUUUAACAACGUUAUUGGCUAUGAGGUCAUUGACUAUGAGUUAAAAAAUUUAGGGAAAAUAUCACUGAAUACCCCUAAAA